AUGUCUGAUAAACUAACUAGGUAUGUUAUCACUGCCUUUAUGCUACUAGAAAUCAGACUGAUCCCUCCUUUUUACUAUAGGAUUGCUAUCGUUAACAGCGAUAAGUGCAAGCCAAAGGUUAGUGAGCUUGAAUACCAGCCUCAAUUGAACGGUCAACUGACUAGCAGUAUGCAGAAAUGUCGUCAGGAAUGCAAAAAGUCUUGCCCAGUGGUGCGUACCGGCAAGCUCUGCAUUGAAGUCGCACCAGACUCGAAAAUCGCGUUUAUCUCGGAACGGCUGUGCAUUGGUUGUGGUAUCUGCCCAAAGAAAUGUCCAUUUGGUGCAAUCCAUAUCAUCAAUCUGCCCACCAACCUGGAGUCUCAGGUCACCCACCGUUACUCAGCCAACAGCUUCAAGCUUCAUCGACUUCCCAUGCCCCGUUUGGGUCAGGUUCUUGGAUUGGUUGGAACAAACGGUAUUGGAAAGAGUACUGCUCUCAAGAUUCUCAGUGGAAAACUCAAGCCCAACUUGGGUCGAUAUGAUAACCCACCGGACUGGGAAGAAAUCUUAAAGUACUUCCGUGGAUCUGAGCUUCAAAACUACUUCACAAAGGUUCUGGAAGACGAUCUCAAAGCUGUCGUCAAGCCCCAGUAUGUCGACCAGAUCCCUCGAGCUGUCAAGGGUCCGGUAAAGGAGGUCGGCGCUCUCCUGGAGGCACGCGCUCAGAUGGACAAUAUGGAGCACGUCAUGGAUGUCCUAGAACUCCAGCAAGUCAAAAACCGUGAGAUCGGCCUGCUCUCUGGUGGAGAACUCCAGCGUUUUGCCAUUGGCCUUGUCUGCGUUCAGCAAGCGGACGUGUACAUGUUCGAUGAGCCUUCUUCCUACCUGGAUGUCAAGCAGCGUCUUGCUGCUGCACGUAUGAUUCGUGAACUUCUUCGACCAGACGACUACGUUAUUGUCGUCGAGCACGAUUUGUCCGUUCUAGACUACCUCUCUGACUUUAUCUGUGUUCUAUACGGUCGUCCUGCUGUUUAUGGUGUGGUUACACUCCCAGCCUCAGUCCGUGAAGGUAUCAACGUCUUCCUUGACGGUCACAUCCCAACGGAGAAUCUUCGUUUCCGAGAAGAAUCUUUGACUUUCCGAAUUGCUGAAGCUGGCGAUGAUAUUAUGAUUGACAAGGAUAGAGCCUUUAGCUAUCCAAAGAUGGAGAAGACACUUGGAAACUUCCACCUUACCAUUGAUAGCGGCCAGUUCACUGACUCCGAAAUCAUUGUCAUGAUGGGAGAAAAUGGAACUGGCAAGACUACUUUCUGUAAGAUGUUGGCUGGCGCAAUUAAGCCAGAUGGUGGCCAGAACGUCCCUCCAAUGAACAUCAGCAUGAAACCACAAACUAUCACACCCAAGUUCCAAGGCACUGUUCGACAACUCUUUUUCAAGAAGAUCAAGGCUGCCUUCUUGUCGCCACAGUUCCAGACUGAUGUGUACAAGCCACUCAAGCUGGAUGACUUCAUUGACCAAGAAGUCCAAAACUUAUCUGGUGGUGAAUUGCAGCGUGUUGCUAUCGUCUUGGCCCUGGGUAUGCCAGCUGAUAUCUACUUGAUUGACGAGCCAAGUGCGUACCUUGAUUCCGAGCAGCGUAUCGUUGCUGCUCGUGUUAUCAAGAGAUUCAUUAUGCACACCAAGAAGACCGCAUUCGUCGUUGAGCACGAUUUCAUUAUGGCCACCUAUCUCGCGGACCGUGUCAUAUUGUUCGAAGGAGCUCCUUCCGUCAAGUCAAAAGCAAACAAGCCCGAAUCUCUUCUUACAGGGUGCAACCGCUUCCUUCAAAACCUGGAUGUUACUUUCAGACGUGACCCAAGCACCUACAGACCACGUAUCAACAAGCAUAAUUCCCAACUUGAUCAGGAGCAGAAGUUGAGUGGAAACUUCAAGAGAGUUGAAAAGGCUGUCCCACGGGAUAAUCGCCAUGAUGGUCGUAAUCGUCGAUGGCCACACUGGCAGGAGAGCUACUGGAGGGUUGUAAGGGACCGCCGCUUGAACCGUGUCAGUAUCUCCAACCUAAAUGCCGGCCAAGGAUGGCGUACCAUCCGCUUCUUCGGAGAGGAAACGUCAUAUGGUGAUGACGAUGACGACGAUGACACAAAGAAUUUUCCAUGCGCCGGGUCAUCUGCAUAA